AUGGCGGCCACACGCAGCGUCUCUCUUGCCUCGCUCGUCGUCCUCCUGCUCGUGGUCACAUCACACGCGCAGCUGACAGCGAACUUCUACUCGUCGAGCUGCCCCAACCUGGAGACGAUCGUACAAAGUGUCGUGCAAACGGCCUUCGGGAACGACCCCCGUUUGACCGCCUUCCUGCUCCGCCUCUUCUUUCACGACUGCUUCGUCCAAGUAAGCGCACAGACAGUCUCUUGUAGAUGACGGACAGCGGGUCCCUCGCCAUGUCGCCACAACGGUUCUAAUGCCGCAGAACGUUUGAUCAUGCAGGGCUGCGACGCGUCAGUGCUCCUGGUCGACACCGCGACGUUCCAAGGCGAGCAGACCGCCCCCCAGAACAGAAACCUUGGAGGCCAGGACAUCAUCGAGCUCAUUAAGUCCACCGUCGAAGAAUCGUGCAACGGCAUCGUGUCGUGCGCCGACAUCCUGGCCCUCGCCACAAGGGAUGGCGUCGUCCUGGUUAUUUCUUCCCCUCGACAUCCUUUGGAUCCUCCCGUUUAGCCUCUGUCGAAUGAAUUCACUCUCUAACCAGAGGAGAUUGUCUCCUCCGUGCAGAGCGGAGGUCCCUCGUGGACGGUGAUGCUGGGGCGGCGGGACGCCACAACGGCCAACAAAAUCACAGCUACAGAAGACCUCCCUUUUUCGCGUUUCAACCUCUCCCUCCUCAUCACCAACUUCGCCAAGAAGGGCCUGAACUUGCGGGAACUCGUAGCCCUCUCCGGCGCGCACACUGUCGGCUUCGCCCCCUGUCGAGCCUUCCGGAACCGCAUCUACAACGACACCAACAUCGACACCAACUUCGCCAACUCCAACAAGGCGAUCUGCCCGCCGUUUCCUCCGGAAGGCGACGGAAACCUCUCGCCGCUCGAUGUCAACACCUGGACUGUCUUCGACAACGAGUACUACAAAAACCUCGUGUCCUUGCGGGGUCUCCUCCACUCCGACCAGGAGCUCUUCAAUAACGGCGAUGCGGAUCCCAUCGUCCAAAGCUACGUGGCCAGCAGCUCCGACUUCUUCACAGACUUCGCGGCGGCGAUGGCAAAGUUGGGCAGUAUCAGCCCUCUUACCGGCUCCAGCGGGGAGAUCAGGCGGGUCUGUAGCAGGGUUAACUGA